GUUUGUUUUUAUUUGACAAUUAAAAUUUUCUGGUUGCUAUGGCGGCAUUUUCAUUUUUUCAGCGUAUAAAUUCUCAAAUUAAUGGCACAUAUCGCAGAGUAUUGACGAUCAUCACGAAAUUCAAGCUAUGUCGCGCCGAAAUAAGAUACGCGAGGUUGUAGGUGGUGGCACCGUGAGAAGUAUUCAAAUGAAAUAAAGCCAUAUAAUCAGCGAUCGAGUGAUUUCGACGUUAAAAUUGUUUUCUUUAGUAUAUUGUAAAUGUCCAAGUGUAAACGAUGAAUGCUGCCAGUAAAGAGAAAAUUAGCCGUGAUAAUGCCAGGAGUCAUUCUGCUAAAUCUGACAGAGUGAAGGCAAGUGUCAUAGUCGAAAGUUCUUUGAAGACACACUCCUUAAAAAGAGGAGAUGAAUUGAUUGUUUGUAUUUCAUUCCACAUUAUGAUCACAAACCUCCGUAAUGGAACAAUUGACAGAGAUAUGGUACCUCCUCACCGGGUAUGUCCAUCGAAACUGACUAAGCAGGAAUUGGAAGACCUGUACUUUGUCUUGAUGGACACAAACCUGGACCUGAAGAAGACGGUGAACACCCAACAGGACAACAUCAAGCAGCUGAAUACCAAGGUGCACCGGUUGCUGACCGCUCAGAAAGGGACUUCCAAGGAUGUGUGCUGCCCUCAGACUAAGGCUGUGGUUAACGAGCAAAAGGAUAUAAUAGCUGACUUAAAGAAAGCGAACGACCGUAUGUCAGAAAGAAUCCGUAUCCUGAACAUGAGACUGUGCUCGGCCAAACAGUUCCUGAGGACCAAUCCCUCUCUCACAACCCGCUGCGCCAAGUGCUGCAUCGCACCACCCGCUUCUUUGAAAAACUCUUCAGUAUCCGUGUUGCAUAAAAAGAGCGAUGACUACAAAUCUGUAGAGAGCUGUUCUCGAGAUGCUGAGAAGCAAGUUUUAACUAGAGACUACGCGUCGACCAGAACAACGGAAACCGAAACCGAUGAACCAGAAAAGGAGUCUCUCGAGGCUAGUUGCAAAGAAAAAAAAUAUAAAACUCAAUUGGAAGAGUUGAAACACAAAAUUAUAGAUUUGCAAGAGGAGUCGACCAGACAUCACAGCGAGUGUUCCGCGCGCAUGUCCCGGCUGGAGACGGAGCUGCAGCUCAGAGCCGAGGGCGAGGCGCGGCUGGCCGACCAGCUGAGGGCUGCUGCAGCGCACUGCUACGAGAUAUCGGCCCAACUGUUGAUUGAGAAGAACAAAGUGGCAGAAUUAGAGACGCGAGUGAAGGCAGCCGAUCUAUCCGGACAAGUGGUGAAGGCUUUGGAGAAACGACAGUCCAUCGCGUUCGUUACUCCAGACUUGCAGACAAAGAGUGGUGGUGUGGCGCUCAAGGAAAUAGAGUCUCGACCGUCAACAUCCACGUGCAUUAUACACACGCAAGACAAACAUCCUAAAAACUUCAUUAUGACUAACGAAUUGGAGAAGCGGCUGAGUGCAACCUCUACUCCGGGCCAAAACGUACAAUCAAAAAGCAGUGAUAUUGUGGACAGAGACGGCCAUAGUCGAUAUUUGAAAUCUUUUGGUGAAACUCAAGAUGCACAGGAAAAAAGCGGUGAAAAUAAAACCAGAGACGGCGAGAAACGCCAAUCAAUAUCAUUUCUUAUGGAUCCGAACGAACAGGCGAAAAAUGAUGACAUUAUGAAUAUGGAUAGAAAAUCUUCAAUCCAUCUAAAUGGAACUGCACCAGUUAUCGGCGAACGUUCGGUGUCUGGCCAGGAGAGGCGUCAAUCUGUUUGUAGUCGAGAAAUGGUACCGGAACGAACAUAUUCCAUGGCUGGAAAUCUUAAGGUGGGAGAGGAGCCGGUGACACAAGAUUACCCGGGCCCCAAGCCGUGCCCCAGCGGCGCCCCGGACGCCCCCAGCCCCGCCAAGUCCAAGCACUCCGACGACUCGGGGUAUAAUGAUAAUCUCACCAGCGAGGAAGAACGGGUGCUAGCUAAAAUAAACGCGGAGCUUGUAAAAAAGAUAAAGGACUUGCAAGAAAAGUUAGAUGUAUUGAGGAUUGCUUCCGCCGGAAUCAAAGCUGGCCAAAUGACAAAAGCGACUGAAACUAAAAAGGCUGACGUUGAUCCCAGGGUGAACGACUGUGUAAGGAACGAAAGGGUAGCAAAUGAUGCAAAGCCCCAAAUAAAUUCUAAAGAGGGAACUGUGCAGAGCGUCGAAAAUGAAAGAAGGAAGGAAACUCCGGAGCAACCGUCGAAAGAAAUGGAGUCCGGAACAGAAUAUUCUCCGAUAGAUCGCGCCAACCAAUUGUGGGCUCAAUACUCUGGGAACGAAUUUCCGCAAAAAGAAGACAAAAUACAAUUUUCAAAUUUAUACAUACAGGGUAAUUCUAUAGAUAAAUUUGUUCCCACGACAUCCGAGGCUGAGCCCGACAGGGACUCAAUGACCAGCCGCUCCUCCAAGAAGAAACGAAAGAAAUUCUUGGAUGAGAAAAAUUUUGAUACUCAGAACGAACUAGUCGAUAAAAUUGAAACCGAUGAUCAAAGAUCAUACAAAGACAGUAGAGAAUAUUUCCCAUUUUACGAAUUUAAAAACGUCAAAUCACAAGGUAUAAUUCAAGACGAUAAAGACGGAGAUUUGUUCACACCCGGUAACGAUAAACCAACAGAUGAUCUCAAACAAGAUUCCAACACACAAACAGGCGCUAAAACUGGUAUCAAAAUACAAGCCUCUGACAGAUAUGUACAAGAAGUUUAUAAACCGACAGAAUAUUUAAAACAAGAUUUAAAUAUGCAAACUGAUUUAAAAACUGGCGUCAAAAUACAGGAUAAUGAUGUGUUUAAACCUGGGGUUGAUAAACGAGUGCCUAUAGCGCGUCCCAGAGAAUCCAUCCUGGACCAAGCCGCCCGCGAUAGUAUUAAAGAAGUGAGGGAACUUCACGGGAAACAGCAAAGUUCGAACAAAAUUCGAGAUAGCUCAGUAGACUCAUCCGAUGAAAAUGGUUUAAAACCCACUUCAGAACUUUGCGAGCAAAGCGUUCGGAUAUGUUCGUGUCCGCGCGCCGCUCGCCGGUCGGUUUCCGUGUUCCGAUCGUGCAGCGGAACUUUACGAUUCAAAACGAUCGACGUUGAUGAAACUUUCAAACAGUGUCCCACGUGCAAUCCCGGCUCGAUUGACGAAAACGCAGGAACUUCGUAUGAUAAUCCACAAUUGAGGUCCAUCGCCAACGACGCCAGGUCGCGGACCACGUCGCCGGAUAACACGGACCACGAGAUAUCACAUUUGUCCGACCUCCCUCCUGAACAUGAUGUUUCAGGCAAAUGUACUCGCCAACUCGUAUCUCCGGGCGAACAAAAGAUGACGACGACUAGCACAGAUACUUAUACUGAACAUUCAUCGGAAAUGCCCACCAUGAGCGAGGGAGAGGUUAUGUGUUCUGCAGCCCGCAGGCGAUCUUUUGGUGAGACAAAAGAUGAAGCAGUAGGAACAAAAGCAUACCAAGAAGCAGCAUCGAUGUCGCAGAAGAUGGAACUCGCGCUGCAAUCCAUCGGGGAGGAGUUAGCUCGUUGUAGGGAGCUAUUACAGAGCACACACACACCCGAGAUUGCGCCGGAGACUCGAGAAACAUCGACCACGUGUCCCUCGCGCGUGGCCCUCAAACAUUCAGCAGCCACUCCGCAGUUGGCGCAGCCAUCUUCAGCGCCCAUGAAGUGUACCUUCACGUUACACAUCGGGACACUCGUGCUUUCUGAUGAGGCUGUGGUGUAUUCCCGCGACAAGUCCCUGCUGCUCACAUGGAAGUUCUACGACCAGAACGUGUCGAUGACGCGCGUGCGCGGUGGCCGCGUCAUUCUGUUCGACUUUACCACAGAGUACGACGCUGUGUUGGAUGAACGGUUCAUGGAUUACCUCAAAUAUGAGGAGAUGCCGAUAAUUGUCUGCGAGUUGGAGAAACAGAACUUCCCGUUCGCCACAUGCUCCUUGCCGUUCAGGGAUAUUUUGAACAACCCCAACCAUAGAGUCGAUAUGUCCCUGGCACUGACGGUGGGUCCGGACAUGCGUAAGGCGGAGACCCCCCGCAGCAUGGAGAGUUUGGUGACCAGCGACGAGGUGGGCGUGCUGGACUUGUGGUGUAUGCUCAGGAACUGCUCCUCGAGUUCCGUGCACAAACAGCACAUAACGCCGCGUGACUCUUGCAACCCAAUGUUGGACUCGCGUUCAGAGGAGUUCGGGAUGUCCGACGAGAAGUUCAGUCAAAACGUGAAGGCCGCCGCGGUUACGUCGCAAGUACUGGACGACAGCAGUAUGGCUAAAUAUGAAGUCCACAAUAAUAGGCUAAGCUCGGUCAUCCCUCACGAUGUGCCUACUAAAAUAAGGCGCGCAGAAGAAAUGGAAAAAGCUAUAGAAGAAAAGAGAAAUCAACCACAAUCAAACGAAUCUAUCAGAGGAUUGGAAAAAUUGGAAGAUGAUGUACUCUCCCACCAACCACAUCAAAGCGUCAGUUCUUGGGCAAGAUUCCUUAGACGACAGUCAAGGUUCCAAACUGGUAAUAAAAAAGGAAGAAAAAGCCAAGGAUCAUUAGAAAUCCUAGAAACAAUAAGGAACACCUGUAAACCACAUGCAAAAAUAAAUAGACGAAUGCCAUUCGAAAGAGAGGAACCGAUGGUUGACCCAAGCGAGGAUAAAGAAUCUCAACAGAAGAAAGCUGUCACGAUGAACGUGCCGAGGUACUCUCUACUUGGGUGGGAACAACCGCAGCAAGAAACGGACAAAUAUCACGGUUCGCCGAACGAAACGAUAGUGAUAACAAUUCUCUGGCUGGCGCUGAACGAGGAGUGCGGCGCGAUGUCGGACACGGGCGUGCAGCGCCUCUACGUCGCGUUCUCGUUGCUGGGCCGCGCCGGCGCCGACCUCGAGACGCCCGUCAGUCUGCCCAAGCCCAGGACCUACGUUGAGAAGUGCAUCUUCAACUUCAGGAAGAGCAUCCAGCUCAGACAAUGCGACCUGCCCCAGCUGGGCCACAUGGGCCGCUGCAAGAGCAGCGACACGCGCAGACACAAUCCCAAGGACUGUGUAACAUUCACCGUCAUCAGCGAACCUGCUGAAGACCCCCUUGGAUUGGCCAGCUGUGAGGACAUUGGUUACGCAUACCUGUAUUUCGGCGACAUGUUGGAGGUGUGUGAUGGCGAGACUUAUGUAGAAGUGGUCCCCGUCCACUCCGCCCGGCGAGAGGACGUUGUAUGCGGAGUUCUAUGUAUUCAGGUCGACGGGCUGGAUCUUGUGAGAAAAGCCAAGCUUGUGAACAUGUCUCAUUAGAUAACUCUGAAUCAUAUGAAAAUUGAAGUUCAUCAAAGAAGUUUAUUCAAUUACAAUUAAGUUUAAAUUCUCUUAAUCCUGUUAUGUUAUUUAUUAAAUUAUUCCAACAUUUGC